UAGACAAAGUGACUCAAAUGAUUGUUCAAGACCUACGCCCCAAUCGAACUGUUGAAUGCGAUGGUUUUCGUAACUUAAUGAAGUACUUGGAGCCGGGAUAUGUCUUACCAAGCAGAAAACAAUUUACCGCUGAUAUCAACCUUAAACAUGCAACGUGCAAACAACGUCUGAAAGAAAGGCUAAAUAAAGAAGAAGUGUUUAUAUCGUUAACCACGGAUAUAUGGAUGAGCAUCGUGACAGAAAGUGCUAUAGGCCUUUGUACUGGAAACCUUACCUUUCCCAGAAUGGCACACGGGGAUAAACAUUGCAGAAAAGCUGAAGAAAGUGGUGGAAGAAUGGGAGAUUAUGGAUACUGUUAGAAUGGUUAGCCAUGACCAGGGGUCCAACAUGAAGGCUGCCAUGGAAAUUUUGCACAAAGAACUAAAUUGGCAAAACUUACAUUGUACUGCUCACUGCCUUCAACUCUGUAUACUAGCAGGGUUUAAAAUCAAUUAUAUUGACAGGCUGCUGGGAAGAAGAUUGUUACACACUUUCACCACAGUGUAGUGGCAUCACAAGCUCUAAAACAGAAACAAGUCGACGUGAACAUGUCUGGUAAAAAAUUAAUCAACAGUUGUCACUCGAUGGAACUCAACAUAUGAAAUGUUAGAUCGUCUGUUAAAACUCCGGUGGCCUGUAACUGAUGUUCUGUCGGAUAGUCAAGUAACAAAACCCAGUGAUAGAUACUUGGAUUUAAAAUCUGAACAGGGGAAACUAGCCGAAGAAUUAGUGGAGGUUUUGGAAAACUUUAGUACUGCAACGACCUUUCUGAGUUAUGAAGAAAAUGUAUCAAUAUCAGCUGUGUUUCCGAUAUUACAUAGUAUUCUUGACCAGCUAGAGCCAGACGUGUCGGAUUCUGGCAUAAUCAAGCAAUUCAAAUAUAUUGUGUCAUCAGAGAUCUCUGAGAGAUUUGAACUCAAAUCUUUGCAUGCUGCACACCCAAUGCUGUUGACAGCUAUUAUUGACCCUCAAUUUAAAAAUCUUACCUUGGGUAGAUACACAGAAACUGAACAAGAAGCCCUAAAGAAAGUCAUCAUUGAGCUGUUGGAGAUGUAUAAAGAAUAUGAAGAACAUGAGCCUGCUUCACACGAGCCUUCUCCAUCUGUUGUAAAACGACCAAAGAGAUUGACUGCGUUGGACAAACUCCUAGGUGAGGAGGCAGUGGUAGCAGAACCUUCUCUCAGUUCAGAAUUGGAAAAGUAUCUGGCCGAACCUCCUCCACCUAGACGAGAUAAUCCGCUUGUAUGGUGGAAGUUAAAUGCUGGUUGCUUCAAUGUUGUUUCAUUUGUGGCUAGACGAUUACUGUGCAUACCAGCUACAACCACAUCUUCAGAAAGAGUUUUUUCUACAGCAGGCUUAACAGUCACUAAAUUACGAAGUCUUUAAAACCAAAAAAUGUUGACGCAUUAAUUUUUUUGAACAAAAAUUUAAGCAAACUGUCAUUAUUCAAACCUACUGUAUUGUACUGUACUAACUAUUUUAACUACUGCAUUAUACUGACUAUUAUUACUGGGUACUGCUGAUGGAAACUUGGGUGGUUCGUGACUGACAAUACUAUGUAAUGCUACUAAAUAAAAGCUUCCACAUUCCAGAAGGCCUGUAAUCAAACUCUAGGAAAUCUUCCUUGCUCUGACUACACAACUGCUGUCCAGUCAUAUUAAACUUUGACAGGUCAAAUGCCUGAAGGUCAAAUUCAUGUACAAUCAAACUGUAACAAAUUAAAUACAUACAUUGUUAUAAUAUAACAAGUAUACUCAAUUGUAAGAAGCUUUGAAG